AUGGAUAAUCACAGAAAGAUGAUGGACGCACUGCGUAAAGAUCGAGAAGUUCGUUACUUGGCCAGCGAGAUUAGAAAGUAUGAUGAAGAAGACGUAGAAGAAGAACUCAAGUCGUUGAAAAUUAGUACGAAGGGAAAUAAGGCGAUUCUAAGAGAUCGCUUGUUAAGAGCCGAAAUUUUACGAGCCGGUUUGAGCGAGACAGUGCCGUGGUAUGAAUGGGACAAUGGUGGCGUUAUCCCAACUGACUCCGAGGAGGCGCUGACGGCGAUCCUCAACCACAAGAAAAGUAAAUCCAGAACGAGUAGUAAACGAGAUAAAAAAGAAGUGAUCGCCGAGUCUGCCUCACAAUCAGAAAUUGAGACUGGCAAGGAAACCGAGUAUGAAGCCGGUGAUGAAAGCCUCGAAGAAAUUGUUAACUCUUCAGUGAGACAAAUACAAGCUCUGUCGAGCCUCACUUCCACAGACGAUGGAACGCCCGGUUUUGGAUGCCCGUUAACAGUAUCAAAUCAGCUCCAACAACUCAUUUCUGCACGAGUACUCAGCGCUCUUCAGGGAUCAUCGAGUUAUGCUACCAGCCAGAAGUCGAUAAAUCCCACAUCUCUACUAUUCGUCAAUAAAACCACUAGAGCUCAGCCAGAAGUCGUGCCAGUGUCCCGUCUUGCCUCCAGCCCAACACUCGACUCUAACGAGGGAGCUCAAAAUUUUAUGGGGAUUUGGCCUUAUGCAGAAACCAUUAGGAACUCCGUCCAGCCCAAUACGGGAACAAUUAAGGAAAGUAGCACGCUGAGAAGAUCGAUAUCAGACGAUGGGAAAUUCACGAGACAAGUACAAGAGUGGGAAUUAAGAACGCCGAAGUCGAAAAACAGACCUCACGUUCAACCGACUAACUUAGAGUCAGCGCUCAACGAAACUAAGGAUGUAGAAAGGAAGAAGCCGACAGAACCGUGUGCCAUUAAUCAGCCUAGAAGAAGAAAAAUCACAGUGCAAAACCCUGGGUUGCCCUGGUUCGCCAGAGGAGCUUCUAAGAAGCCGGCAUCACAGCCGAGAGCCAAGAAAUCAUCUGAUAGUAGUAGUGAUAGCGAAGAAGAUAGUAGCAGUGACGAAUCGGGAAAAGAAGAGUCGAAGAACGGAGCCCUAGGUAAGACUCCUACAAAGGCCCUAGACACCAAGAGCAAACAACCAACUCGAGAGAGUCUGAAGAAAGAGAAGUCCAAGAAGAAACAGACCAAAAGAGACAGCUCGAGUAGUAGCUCCGACAGCAGUGACAGCCUUAGCAGCCAAGAGAACGACUUCGAUAGCUCCUCAAGUUCUGACCGCCACGAAAAACGGAAAACAAAAAGCUGCAAGAAGAAAUCGUCCUGA